UGCUCUUCAGUCAUUUAUAUACAUAUAUAUCGAUAGGUAUUUACUGGUAUUUACUAUCCAUCAUGUAACGUUAAAGUUAGCUUUCAUGUUUUGGUUGCUACUCGUCGCAGUUUCUUUUUACAUUUGGAGACUAGUGAGUUGUGUUAUGUUGACCUUUUACCCAGUUGGACACUACGGUGUCCCUGAAUGGAAUCUUCAUCAACUGAAGACCCUCACAGCAUUUCUCAAUGCAGUGACAACAUAGAUGUACCAACAAGACUAGAACAAAGGCUUCAGGGCUACUCAGGCCAUUACAGUGAGUCACUGUUCCCAUUUCGAAGAGCUCAAAUGGCUUACUCACAGAUCCGCUUGAAAAUUCUCCCCAGCGUUCGCUGUCUCUUCGAUAAACUGGUGCAGGUAAAAGUGGAGGGACUCGCUCCUCACAAACAUGUUAAAUUGAGAUCCAAGCUCGUUGACGACAGAGGGGUGAUUUUCAAGGCUUCUGCCCUGUACAAAGCAAAUGAAGCCGGCCUGGUGGAUGUCUGCCACGCGCCCUCUCUGGGAGGAAGUUACACCGGAGUGGAGCCCAUGGGUUUGUUUUGGGCCAUGGCGCCGGAAACACCACACAGUAAACUCCUGAAGAAGAAUGUGCUAAGCCCCACAGUGGUGGAGAUAGAAGCACUGAGUGCAGAGACGGGUGAGGUCUUAGCCUCUGAAACCAACGAGAGAGGAUACAUGACAGAGGGGAUGAAGAGAGUACCUGUGCAAGAGGGAAGAAUACGGGGAGUCCUCUUCGUACCACCGGGAAAGGGUCCGUUCCCAGGAAUAGUGGAUUUGUACAUAUUUGGGGGACGUCUUACUGAGCCCAGAGCCAGCCUCCUGGCAAAUAAAGGUUUUGUUGUCCUGGCACUGGCCUAUAUGGGCUACGAGGAUUUACCAAAAAACCCUAAAAAGUUGGAUCUGGAGUACUUUGAAGAGGCUGUAACAUAUCUGAGGAAACAGCCAGAGGUCAACGGUCCUGGGAUUGGCAUCAUAUCAAUUUCCCACAGCGGCGGUUUGGCGUUGUCCAUGUCUUCAUUCCUCUCUGGGAUCUCAGCGACCGUCUGUAUUAAUAGCUGCAGUGCAAAUACAGUGAUUCCUUUACACUACAAAGACACCGUUAUCUCUCCGCUUGUCCCUGUCAUAAAGAAUAUCAGAAUCACAGACUCUGGGCUUGUAGAUAUACGCGACGCCUUACCUGACCCGUCCUUGGAAAAGAACAGGGCCUCAUUGAUUCCAAUUGAACGUGCCAGCUGCCAUUUCCUGUUUGCUGUUUCUGAAGACGACCACAACUGGAACAGUGUUUUUUUUGCCAAGCAGGCCACCGCAACGCUGAGAAAUCACAGCAAAGGGCAUUUUCAGGUGGUAACUUACCCUAAAGCCGGACACUUUUUGGAAGUCCCUCACAUGCCUCAUUGUCCGUCUGGGUUUCAUGCAGCGGUUGGGACCGAGGUGGUGUUUGGCGGGGAGCCAAAGGCUCACUCUGAGGCUCAGCUGGACCUGUGGGAAAGAGUCCAGGAGUUCUUCAAGAGCCACUUGGACAACAAGGGCACUUGUUAGCAAGCAAUGCAUGCUUCAAGUGUAUCAAGCAUCCAAAAUUGGCCGUCAUUAGCGAUGCUUAACCUUGCCUGUAGAUACUCAUGGAGGAGGCUUUCAAAGGGAUAUUAAAUGAUACUGUGUGAGUAUUCUCAUGGUGAAGCUUUGGACUCUUCUCGAGCUGAAACAAACUCAGCAUACUUUGAUUCCAACUGGAUUCCCCCCCCCAAUAAGCUUUAAUGCGUCACACGACACAAAAAUAUGUUUUCAGAUAUAUAUUUUUUUCACUCAGAUAUGUUGACUUGUCAUAGCAAGGAAAUCACAGGUGGAGCUCGUACCGAUAAUAAGGAUGCCUUUGUUGUUGCAAUGAGCGAGGACCCUGAUGCAUCUAAAUGGUAAACAUCAUACUGUUUUUUAAUUUUUUAAACACACCUCUUUGAUUAUUUGUGUUAUGGAAAAGACCUGAGUUACAAUUUAUUUAAUGUUAUAAUCAACUCACUUCGAUAGGGAUCAUAUUGUGACAAUGUUAUCACCGCUUUGCAUUGAACAAAAUGAUUGUUUUACUGUAAUUCUGUGCACAUUUUGCCACAACAUGAUAAAUAUAUACUGUAUAUUGAUAUCAGAAAAAAAAUUGCUUAUAAUAUAAAUAGAUUGAUGUCGCAUAUUGCCAAGCUAAUGGUGUGAGUAUUGGUACACUUACUGUUCUCUUGUUAUUUUAUUAAUACUCUGAUGUCACCGUUGUUGGAGGUUUAGUAAACUAAACGCACAAUAAACAAUUUAGAUGAUGAAGUUA